AUGGGCCACCCGAACAUGACGGUUCCAUACGAGCCGCCUCAAUGGAAUUCAGCUCCCGCUUGGAAACUGCCUGGCUGGGGAGAGCCAGUGAUGGUCGCGAGUAUUUUAAUUGCUUCGAUGGUAUUCAAUAGGAGACGCGGCUUUCGCAUUUUGGACAGGAGGAGACGGAGGAGGGAUGGUCUUUUGGACGACGAGCCAGAUUCAGCCCGAUCUUCCGACGAUCUCUUGACAAGAGAUCAAAUGUUGGCCAAUGAAAGCGACGACGACGUGAGCGCAGAAACCCUGUCCACGGUGAAGAAUGCGCCGAAAAAGAGAAGAUGCUGCGGAACAGUACUCUACACACCAAAUACGUCUCGAUUUGCGGACCACUUCCACAGCAGGAUCAUGCAGAAAUUCCCGUUCCUGAUGGAAAUGUUCUACUGGAUUAUCACCUUCGCCUUCUACCGGAUUUCGAAGAUCCUUUCGCAGGCCGUUUUCUCGAAAACUGGAAUUUGGGAGAUAGCGAUGGAUCACGGGCUAGCCAUUCUCGAGUUUGAGCAGUUUUCGUGGUUGAGCUUCGUGUGGCCCGUCCACGAGCGGGACGUCCAGCAAUGGUUCAUGCAUGGACAUCAGUCAUUGUUGACUAUUCUGAACCGAUCCUAUGCCUUGAUCCACAUUCCAGGGACCGUCGGCUUCCUUGGGUGGUACUAUUAUGUUGCGCCUUCGUUCAAUACCUUCGCAGUCGUCCGGAGAACCAUGACUUUGACGAAUUUCCUUGCCUUCACGAUUUUCAUCUUUUAUCCGUGCAUGCCACCACGGUUACUCCCCCCGGAAUACGGCUUCCUUGACAGUGUUGGCCGAAAUAACGGACAGAGUGUAUGGAUGGAGGGCAAAUACGUCAACUCCUUGGCAGCCAUGCCCUCGAUGCACUUUGCAUAUGCCUUCUCCAUUGGUUGCGUCAUGAUGUACCAUUCCGGAAUCUUCAGAAGGACCCUCGAGCCAGGAGAGAUCAGAAAAUCGAAGCUUUGGGUCACAUUUUACGUUUGGUUCGGUCUUUUUUAUCCUCUCUUCAUUCUGGUAACAAUUGUCGCAACGGCCAAUCACUACUAUCUGGACGCUUGUGUGGGAUUCUUGGUUACCAUCAUUGGUUUCUUAUGUAAUAGGGUGUUUUUGGUGUUUUUACCUUUGGAGGAUUUGCUGCUCUGGUGUUUGAGGCUCGAGAAACCUGUCCCAUCAACCGCAGAUGGGGCUCGAAGAUCGAUCCGGGCGUAG